AUGUCCAAGCUUCUCUGGUGGAUCUUGGCUUUCUUCAGAAAAACUGGAAGCAAAGUCUGGCAUGAUAUACUCCGACGCUUACCAUGUUUGCUCAGACGUGCGAUUCAGGCAAUCACAGCCUCGUUGGAGCGCUGGAGAGCAGCUGCCACGACUCCUGCCAGUUUACCCAACAACGACAAGCCAAGGACCAGCUCUGCUCUCGAAUAUGUCGCCGGAAGCCUAGUCCCACCAAGUGCUUCCAGUGUUGUCCCGAAUACCCACAUUUCUACUGUGUCUUCAGCCGUACUCUCGCCGUUGGCUCAGAAUCCAACAACUCAGAUCCCACGACGCUUGUUACCAGGCAAAAAUACGACUUUGACGACCGCCGCCACGUACCCCACUAUUCCUAUUGGAAAGGAGGUGAAGCCAUUCCACCCUGGCGAAACUGGAAGAUACGAGAGGAAAUAUUUCGUGUUCGUCUCACAGAGUUGUUUCAUCUGGCUUUCUCAUAAUAUUCUCAAUAUUAUGUUUUUGGUAGCUCGACUGAUCCUGAAGACGUUGCCAUACCACCACUGGCUACGAAAUGGCCCCAGCACAUCGAAUAGUGGCAGUCCUUUGAACUGGGUGGAUGGCUCAGCUGGAAAGUGGGAGCCAUGUCGUCAGCCUGAAGGCGCUCUCUACUUCCAUCAUUCAGAUAGAGUCUCUCUUGUUACCUCAUUAUCCCUAAAUCCAACUGACACCAGGCCUGCACUACAGCAUAUCUAUACGGACGUCUACAUGUACGACGACACCCUUCGCAAGGAAGUAGAAACAUUCGCGAACUAUCUGGACCAACUUCUCCUAUCUUCCCAAAUGACCCUACCCUCGAACCAAUGCGAGCUUGUCUUAGAACUUAGGCCCGCAGAUAAUGGCAAGACCGAGUGGCUUUACUACUAUGUGGAUCACCAAACGAAAUGCCUUUUCUGGCUGAAUACCUACUGGGACCCCCCAUUUUUAGAUGAGACAAAAGGUGUCAAGACACCUUCACAUAUAAAACAGGCUAUUGAAUGGCAAUACUGGAAUCACUGGGCAUUAUUCCCAAACGCCCCUUGGCACUGGUUCCCAUCUGUGUUUGACGAUCUUCAAGGGAUUCUGUUCAUGUAUUCCAUCGUACCGACGGACCAUACUACCUUGUUAGACCAGAUGACAUCGGAAACCUCCUGCACGCCGUAUAACUCAAGGGAGCUAGCCAGUUUUGUCGAGCUGACGGCCAAAAUAAGAGCUUGCGACCCUGAUCUUAAAAACGAAUAUAUGAGGUGCACGGUUGAUGUCUAUGAUGUACCUUACCUUCUUCAAGCGUGGUGGAAAUUCGUCAAUUUUCACGGCGAGCGCGGUGCUAGACUCAAUGGUGACGAAUCAAUAUUCUCCAGCGAUCCUCGCCCUCGCUCCUACGCCAUCUAUAUACUCUCUCCGAUAUGUUUCUUUGCCAUGGACGUUUAUCUAGAGGAACUGGAGAAAUUUUGGAUGGACGACAUCCCAAAUAACGUUGCAUGGGGCCCAUUUUCGAACAGAUUGAUCUCCGAAUGGGGUGAUUUCGUUAUUGCAAGCACCGUCAUCCUGAACGCGAAUGUCGCCUUUUUGGCCAUCCCUUACGUCGGAUUAACUGCACAAGCCGAGUUUCCCCAGAUCUUGAGCUACAUCUCAACGAUCGCUUCAGUCGGUUCCAUCACCAUUGGCCUAUUCCUGGUCCGCCAGCUCCGUAAAUCAUCGGCACGCUCUAAAAUUCCUACCGACUUCAGCACGUACGUGUCUAGGACGAACAGAAAGUAUACACCGUACGGGAUGGAGCUGUUCGCUCUUCUUUACAGUAUGCCUUAUACUCUCUUAAUGUGGUCUAUGGCAGCAUUCGCAGCCGCUUUUCUGAGCCUCUGCUUCAAAGACAGCAACAUCGGAACUCGCAUCACCGUCGGCGUGGCUCUCUUCGGUAUCAUGGUCCUCGUCCUUUGGACGAUCGGGAUAUCGAUUCACUUGAGUAUCACAAAGAUGACGGAGAAGUUGGUCGACUUCGGCAGCAGGGUCUGA